ACAAAAAAAAAAAAACCAGCGCAAAGAAUGGCGAAGGUGUGCCGGGUGUGCCUGGAUGAUUCCGUUCUACUGGUAGAUAUAUUCGCUGAAGUCUGCAAUCUCUGGGAGCUGCCUGAAAAUAGCCCUGCCUACGUCAUAAGCCAGUUCUCACCUGAGAAUUCUGUGGAGCGCGGGGACUCUAUGCCGCAGCUUAUAUGCCACUCCUGCAUUAAUGGGGUCCAGAGUGCAUAUCGUUAUAAGCUAAAAUUGGACCAAGGAUCUGAAAAUUAUCAACGUUUUCUAAAGAAAACGCAGCAGAAACGUUUUCAUACAGUUUUAUCAAGCGUUUCGGAAAAUAAUGAAACGUACACAAUUAAUAUCAGCGAUAAAGAGGAGAAUCUCAUUCGUGCAAAUGAAAGCCAUGGGAUCAAGGCAGAGCACGAGAUUGUUCUGCUGCCCGUGAAGACGGAGGUGGUGGAGCACAACGCUUACGACGAGGCUCACAUGUGUAUUAGUCUGCAGGAAGACAUUGCCAAUUUUGACAUUGACAUUGAGGAAGGCACUUACACAGUAAGGAACCCUCGUUGGGACUACGUGGAUGAACAGGCUGGCCUGAAGAUGAGUGUUUCAAUGGAUACACCUGAUAUUCACAAAAUAGAGCAUGUGCCCGAGCUAGCUCAGGUGGCAGAAUCGAAACUUAACAAUCUGAAAUUAGAGCACGCUUUGAGAGAAAAUGAGGUUCACAUAAGAAAAAAUAUACAAUCGAACAAAGAGAAUAAGAGGCAGGAGUCAGAGAAAAAUAACCAUCCAUUAGAAAAAGAGGAUUCCUUGGAGACGAUGGAAAUUCGUAUGAGUAUAUCAACGGAUACCGAGAACCAAGAAACUGAUGACAGGGCGAAGUUGGUCAAACUGUAUGAGUGCAAGUGGUGCGGCAAGGUAGUCUCGCGCAGCCAAAAUUUAAGAUGGCAUGAAAUGCGUCACUUUGGCAAGUUUCCGUUCAUUUGUGAUGUUUGUGGCAAAGGAUUUAGAACUAAGUACCACCUGAAAAGACAUACCACCAGUCACAAGAACAAUCAGACGGCGGAAAUAAGCAAAAUGAAGCCUCUUGGAAAAAAGAGCACGUAUCGUAGUCCGUCGCAGAAAAAGAAGACCCUAGAAGACCACAACAAUGAUCGUCUGGAAAGCAUUUCUUCCAGAAAAAUUCGUAGUACCGCAGAACUUCCAUGUCCGCAAUGCUAUAAAUGUUUUGACUCACAGUUUAAGCUCGAAUAUCACAUUAAUAAGACGUGCCAUAAGUGUCCCCACUGCUCACGCUUUUAUGCAAAUGAACGUAGUCUAAGGAGACAUCAACAAGAGCACAUUCCACUGGCAGCCUUUGAGGGCCCGCGAUCAUUCUCGAACAUGAAUGAGCUGAGGGAGCCGCGUGUCAAGCACAGCGACAAUGGCCUGUUUAAGUGCCAAGAAUGCCAUGCAGUAUUCAUCGACAUCCUUUAUCUGCAGAUCCACAGUAAAGAGCAUGCUGGUGAACAAGGGCAACUGGAGCGUAGCCGAGGAGCCACACUCCCUAGGGCUAAGAAACAGGUCGACUCCGACUCGAAGAAGAGUGUUUUAGAAAUGUUUUCCUGCCAUGACGCUAAUGGUCGCUCAAAAAAUCCAACAAUGCUAAAGAAGCUGAAGCUCACCGACCCCGACCCUGCUAUAUCAAGCCCCACAAAGAAGAGCUGGAUGACCCAAUCCUUGCCAAUAAAACUGGAAAAUACAUGCCAGCAGUGCGGUAAGAAAUUUACCUAUAAACAAGCCCUGACUAGGCACAUGCGUGUUCACACUGGCGAGCGUCCUUUUGAAUGCACGUAUUGCGAGAAGAAAUAUUCGCGCAAGGCUCAGCUAGAUGAGCACACUGCUACCCACACUGGCGACCGUCCUUUCGAGUGCUUGGUUUGCGAGAAGAAAUUUAUUCGCAAGAUACACCUAGCUGAGCACACUCGUAUUCACACUGGCGACCGUCCUUACGAGUGCUUGACUUGCGGCAAGACUUUUCCACGCAAGUAUACCCUGCUUAAGCACAAUCGUAUCCACACUGGCGGUCACCCUUCCGAUUGCCCCAAGAAGAAGGAAAAAAGCUUUGACGAUAGCUAUAAACUGGAGAUACACGAAGGAAAGGCGUCGAAUAACAACAAUAUGCCUGAACAGCGUUUGGACAUUAAGGAUGAAAUCGCUUGAAGCAAUGUUUUGUUGACAUGACAUUUGUUUAAACAUAUAAGG